CGAGGCUACGAGUAGCGUCUAAACAACUUUUACUGUACUAAGUUUUACGCAGUCAAGACUCUAGGCUCAUUGCAAGUCUGCCACCAAACAGAUUUGAAAUUUUAAAUCGUUAUUAAUUUUCUCUUUCCCUCUUUCGGUAUCGCAUCAGUUUCAUGGGAAGAAACUCCUUGGUUUGAUUGGCGUUGCUUCCGAGUAUCCGUAUUCGUGGAUUGGUCGGGACUUAUCAUUUAUGAUUCAUCUGGACUGGACUUACUGGAGUGCAUCUCCUGGCUGGUAGUCGUAUUGUGUUGUUUUUUCUACAUCUCCCGUAUAAAUUCAUCUGAGAAAUGGGAGAGAGAAAGGGCCAGAACAAGUACUACCCGCCCGACUGGCGUCCAGAACUCGGCGGAUUGAACAAAUUCCAUGGCACUCAUGCCUUGGCGGAACGCGCCAGCAAGAUCCAUCUGGGCAUCCUUACAAUUAGGUUUGAGAUGCCAUUCAACAUCUGGUGCGAUGGAUGUGGUAACCAUAUCGGAAUGGGUGUGAGGUACAACGCCGAGAAACGGAAAGUUGGAAUGUAUUACACCACCCCGCUAUGGGAGUUCCGGAUGAAAUGUCAUUUGUGUGAUAAUUAUUUCGAAUUUCGCACGGAUCCCAAGAAUUUCGAUUAUGAAGUGGUCAGCGGCGCGCGACGUCAGGAACGACGUUGGGAUCCCGAAAGCACCGAAGCAGUGGUGGCUACGGAUAAAGCCACGUCACAAAAAUUGCUUACCGAUGCCAUGUUCAAGCUGGAACAUGGAAAGGAUGACCAGAUUAAGGCUGCGACCACGAAGCCUGUCAUCGACCAGUUGACGGAUUAUCAGUCCCGCAUGAAAGACGAUUAUGAACAAAAUUCCUUACUACGGAGCGCUUUCCGGUCCGAGAAGAAAAAGAUAAAAUUAGCCGAGGAUAUCGACAGAAAUUUGAUUAAAAAGAGCAGCCUUAGCAUUAGCCUUGUGCCGGAAACGGAAGAAGAUCGCCGCACUGCGUCGUUAAUGAAGUACAUGCAGAGUGAAUCAAUGGAAGAACGUCAGAAACGAAAACGUGAGGAGAUCGAUGAGCGACCGGUACUGCCAUCCAGUGUCGCCUCACCUCUGCCGACGACCGUGAUGAAGAAUCUCUCCUUCCACUUGAUGGAGCCCGAGAAGCUUCCAUCUCCUUCGGCCUUGGGUAUUGUCCUUAAAGGGCAAAAAGUCCAAACGGAACAAAGAGAUCGUGUUAGCGGCGAGGGAUCCGCUUCUACUCAUUGUCAGAUGCAACCAGGAAAGUCUUCGCUGUCGUUGGUAAUGGACGGAUAUGGGAGUUCCGACAGCGACUAAAUAUGGAAAAAUUGUUUUAAAAGUGUUUACAACUGUGAUAUUAUUUUUAUAUUGUGAGAUUUGAGCAGAUGGUCGGUUUCACCUUUUAAUGGUCGGUUGUACGUACGGUCCGUAGACUCCGUACGUAAUAGCAACUAAAUGCUUGAGUAAAGAAAAAGUAUGUGUAUUGUAAAUGAGCAACGGUAUAAAUUUUGGCACCCUCCGUUAUGAUUUUGUGACCAUUAAUAUUUAAUGUGCAGUGCCGAUUAACCUUUUUUAUCGUUUCUCUUUUAACAGCGGCAAUAGGAGUACGAGUGCUGAAACAUUUUACAUGAUAAAACAUUUUAGUUGUUUAGUUGUGUUUA